AUGAUUGAGCCAGCCAUCAUGAUCACUACAGAGGAUGUAGCGGCCCAGAUCUUUGAAGAAGCAGGCAAAAGUGUCACCCUGCCCUGUGACUACAGUUUCUCUGGGGCUCGCUACACAAUAGACUGGCAUAGAGGCGCAGAACGUCUCCUGAACUUCUUCUCUGAAGACUCCAACCCAACAUUUGACAGUACAGAUCUGUCAGGCCGCCUGAGUCUACAGGAUGGUAAAAACCUGGUCAUCAGUAAUCUGCAGGGAACUGAUGAUGGCAGGUACUACUGUGGUGUGUCUGAGAUUGGAGGGAACCCUCCUGGAGAUGGAUCGGAUAAGAACUUGGUUGUGACAGUGAGCCCCAGUGUGACCCUAUUAUCAUCAGUACAGUCCACGGCCGCUACAGGAAGUGACGUUACUCUGACCUGUAGUGUGGACAGUAAACCUGCUGCCAACAUCACCUGGGUUGGACCAAACGGGGAUCUCGGGACAGGAACCAGCGUGGUGCUGAACAACGUCCAGCCAGCAAACGACACAGGAACCUACACGUGCACAGCUACUAACAGCUUUAGUGCCAGCAAGUCAGCUAGUGGUUCAGUUGUGCUGAUUUUUCAAGUUAUGGUCACCACAGCAACGACACCUGCAAGAGAAGUUGAUUGCUUCGGAUCCGGAACAGUGGCAGGAGCAGCCGUGGGCUGCCUUGCUGCUGGGGUGCUGCUAGGGAGCGCUGCAGUCUUCAUACUUCUUCGUUUACGAACGGCAGACAGUAAAAAGAACCCCACAGGAGACGGCAUCUCAGAUGACCGACAGUAUGAAAAUGUAAGGCAAGGCAGGGUAACUUCAAGCCUUAUGGAAACCGGAAACGACGAGUACGAAGUUCCCAUGGAAACCUUCCACCCGCCACCCCAGUCUAGCGGUGACUACCAGGAGCUGAGGCCUGCAGUUUAUCAGAGUCUGCAGAAGAAUUAGACUUUAACUAAGGAUUUGCUGUAUUUUACCAACCACGUCAUAGAUCUUAUGAGAUCUUUGUAUAUA